GGCAUUUAAUCCUGACUUGAUGCUCCGGGAAGAGAUCCAGGCUGAGUAUUCCAGGGAAUUACGUCACAACAGGGGCAGGAUUUUAAGGGAUUAAAACCAUGUCUAAUGCCAGCGCGUAAUCUGAUUUUGAUUUGGUGACAUCUUGAAGAUAAGAGAGUAGUUGUUGUCAUGGAGCGCACGGUGUCGCGCGGGGAGUCCUGGCCUCGCGCCGCGCGUAAAAGCGAGUGGCUCCGGAGCGCACUGGCCCAUCACCACUGCCCCGACCCCGGCGUGCAGAACGAAAUCGUGGUCCUUGCUACUGGGGUAGACCAGUACCUGCAGGAGGUCUUCCACCACCUGGCCUGCACCAACAGGGACGACGCGGUGACGGCGGAGGAUUUCACGGCACUGUGCGCCGUGCUGGGUCUCACCGGAGCGGGGAAGAGGACGAGGACAGUACCGGAGAACGAGACAGGAGGAGAUGGAGAGAAAGAGCAGGAGGAGGAGGGGGAAGAGUUCAGGGAUGUGUGUUCGCGGCUGCCCACUCAGCUCUCCUUUAAGGACUUCCACUCGCGGCUCUGUGGGGUUUUCCGUGUGCGCAGUGCGCGCAGAGGCACCGAGGAUCGAACCCGGCGCUUGCCCGUCACCGAGGACACGGAGCUGGUGCAGACACAGAUCCGAGUCAGGUGGCCGCGCGUCCGGAGGAGAAAAUGCGUCAGUUUUGACCUGUCCAGAGAGCAGAGUGGACCCGCACACAUCCACAGUGGAACCACUGCGGUGACGGAGCGUGACGCAGGUGAGGUCUCAGCUCUGAGGGAGCUGGUGGAGGACCUUCGCUCAGCGCUGCAGAGCAGCGACGCUCGCUGCUUGGCCCUGGAGGUGGCCCUCAGACGGGAGAGGAGCCGUAGCCUCCCUCCUCCCUCCAGCUUCACCUCCGCCGUUUCAACUCCCACAUCUUCUAUCACCUUCAUCCAAGGAAAACUGGUCCCAACACAGAGAAUUAGAGGACAGUGCAGCGGUGCUGGAGGAGGAGGAGGCAGCAGGCUGAGGAGGACGGCGAGGACGCUGGACAUCAGGGACCCUCUGCUGAGGGAACUGAGGCUGAUCCGCUCCUCACGUGACGGGCAGCUGGAGGAGGCCAUCAAGUUCAAUGAGUGUCUGGAGAAGGAGCUGCAGUGGGCCUAUCAGGAGGUGCGGAAGCUGCAGGGGGUGGAGUCAGCACUGAGGAAGGAGAACACUCAGAUCAGGAGGCGGGCGGAGGAGGCCAGGGAGGCUCUCAGUCUGGGGCUCCAGAGAGUUCGGCUGAUCCAGGAGCAGGCCCAGACUGUGCCGCAGCUCCAGUCCAGGAUCACACAGCUGGAGACUGAGCUGCACCUGUACAGCUCCUACUGUAGCUGUGCCUUUGACUCCUCCCAUCAACAGCUGCGUCCAAUCAGGACAGAAGAAGUUUCUAAUAAAACAGACGCAGAGUGUCUGCAGAGAGCAGUGGAGGGCAGAGCUGCCUCUGAUGAAGAGGACGAGGACAGACAGCCGAGGGAGGACGGACACAGCUGCCUGUCGGAGGUGAAGAAGCACAAGAGUCAGCUGCACAGCUGUGGGAAAGGAUGUCGCAGUCACACGGUCAGUCCUCUGGUCAGUCCUCUGGUCAGUCCUCUGGUCAGUCCUCUGGUCAGUCCUCUGGUCUCUCAGAUUCUCCUCCAGGAUAAAAACCUCAGCUGGACGAGAACAAACCAAGAGCAGCAGGAAGGAAGCAGAGGCUCUGAGAGAGACCAGCAGACGGAGACAGACGAGGACAAUCCGAGGCUGGAGGACAAACACAAGAUGUUUCUGCUGGAGGAGAAACUCACAGACGCCCUCACUCUGCUGCUGCAGCUACGCAACGAGAACAUGUCCCGCACAGCUCUGGGGAAGAUAGUGAAGGACACUCUGGGCGUGUGCAGUAGAAGCGGAGAUGGUCAGUCGAGGGUGAUCCAGGUUGCCAAAGCUCUGUGCCUGCAGCUGUCGUCCAGUGACCUCCUUGGAGACAGACUGAACAACAGAAGAGCAGCAGCAGAGAAUCUACUGGUCACAUCAUCUCGGCAUCAAAGCAGCACUACAAACCCUCUGCUCAUCUCCUGUUAAAAUGUUACAAUAUUUCUUACUUUCUGCUUUUAUCCGAUUUAAUGUAUUUAAAGUUCUUUUAAAUUGACUUUAUCCAAAAAUAAUU